AUGAUCGCUGCAAGUUUCAUAUUCAUAAUAUGCAUAAUUGGCGUGAAAUCUUUGGUUUGUCCCGAUGGUCAACAACCAUGUGGAUCACUUGGGUGUUAUGAUCCAACCAUGCAAGGAUGCUCAAGUAGUAAUAGUAGUAUUCAAUGUAUUAAUUCCUGCAACGGUAUUUGUUACUCAAAUUCUCAAUAUUGUUACAAUAAUACAAAAAUAUGUAGUACUGGGGAGUCAGUUUGUAAUGUAAAAUACACCGGUGGUUAUUCAUCUUAUUCAGUGGGUCUUACCUGUUAUAACCCAUCUGUUUCGAAAUGUUACAAUAAUACACUUUGUAAUACACAAUAUGCUUGUGGAACACAAUGUUUGACAGAUGCUUAUUCAGCUUGUGCAAACAAUCAAACAAUUUGUAGUGGUUUUAACUUUUAUAGCUAUUACUAUAACAAUCCAGCUCUUAUGCUUUGUGGUCCAAACCAAACAUGCUAUGAUAAUUCAGCGAGUGUUUGUAUAGGAAAUGGUACGCUGUGUUCAAUUGGAAGUCAACUAUGCAAUGGUGUUUGUUAUAAUCCACAAUCGCAAUAUUGCAUAGGUGGUAACAACACUAUUUAUUGUACCAGUAAUCCCUCUUCGCCCAACUGUCCUAUUAUCUCUACUGCUUCAACUCCUUCGACAUAUACUGUAUUUAACAACGACACAGGAUUAACAACAACAACAGCAACACCAAUAGUGCCUUCAGGUAGCUGUUGUGCAGUUCAGAAUUGCACACAAAACUCUGAUUGUUGUGGAUCUAGUUCAAUGGAAUGCCAAUGCUUUCGACAUAAUACAGCUGAUGUUUAUGGUUCAUGUAUUAAUCCUUUUCUUACUCCAGUGUGUGGUACAAGUUGUCCAGUACAAGGUAAAUGUAAAAGUGAUUCAGAUUGUUGCAAAUGUCAAUGUGUCGACAUAAGUUUUACUGAUGUGAAUGAACAACUAAUUACAAAGAAACAAUGUGUACGACGUUAA